GACUCCGUUCUCUCCCUCAUUCCUGCCUCCUGGGGGCAGGAGACGCCAGGUUAGAACCACUUGGACACCAGGGCACACAGGCUCAGGGACCUCACGGGGACGGCCCCUCCUGGUGCCACCUGCUCCACUUCUCGCCCUAGCCCCUCCUCGCCCUGGGACCCGGGCCACCCGAGGGACGCAGGAGUCAGUCCUCCACACCUCUUACAGCCCAGGUGGUGGCCUCGGCCUGCUCGCCUCCAGCUCCAUCAUCGGCCUCUGCCCGAAGCAGCCUCUUAGCACAGGCCUCAGCCCUGAGCUCAGGCCCUGCCCCAAGAGAGCGUCAGUCCGACCCAGCUCCAGCCCAGGGCACGGCAUGGCCAUCCGGCAGCCGGACGCUGAGGACAAUGACCAGCAGCUUCCUGGAGGGGAGGGCCCGGGCCCGCAUGUGCACAACCCCAGGAGAGGAGACCAGUUCUACGUAGGGAGGCCUCAGAGACCCGCCCUUCUGCAGCGCAUCUGCUCCACGUUCGGACUCAGUCUGCUCGUCCUGGGCUUCAACGUCCUGCUGCUGGCGGCCGUCUGUGUGAUUGGGUCCCAAAGAGCACAGCUGCAAGAGGAGCUGCGGGUCCUAAAAGAAAACUUCACCUACUUCUCCAAUGGGGUCCUGUCGGAGAUCAGCACCCUCCUCUUCCACGGGGGCAGUGCCGGUCAGCAGCUGAACUCUCUGGAGGCCAAGCUGGAGAAGCAGCAGAAGGAUCUGAAAGCAGAUCACGCCGCCCUGCUGCUGCACGUGAAGCACUUUCCCGUGGACCUCCGCAUCCUCACCUGUCAGAUGGCCUUCGUGCGCAGCAACGGCACACAGUGCUGCCCUGUCAACUGGCUGGAGUAUGAGGGUAGCUGCUACUGGUUCUCCCGCUCCGGGAAGACAUGGGCCGACGCCGACCGGUACUGCCGGCUGGAGAGCGCACACCUGGUGGUCAUCAACUCCCGGGAGGAGCAGAAGUUCAUUAUGCAACACACGAACCCCUUCGAUGCCUGGAUAGGUCUCACGGACAGCGAUGGCUCCUGGAAAUGGGUGGAUGGCACCGACUAUGAGCAGAGCUACAAGAACUGGGCGGCCACUCAGCCCGAUGACUGGCAGGGGCAUGAGGUGGGUGGAGGCGAAGACUGUGCGGAACUCCGGGCCAACGGCCGCUGGAACGACAACUUCUGCAAGCAGGUGCAGCGCUGGGUGUGCGAGAUGAGGCGGAACAUCACGGCCUAGGGGUCCGCCCCACCCUCUGCCUCGCCCCCUGCCCCGCCCCCAGCUCUCUGCAGCCGGACUGGGGAUUUUGAAGAAAGGAAAAAUAGAGGGAAGGGGUCCAGACGGAUCGGAGGGGGAGCUGUAAGCAUCCCAGACCCCCAGAGACACUAUGUUCUCUAGGAUAACCACACUAUGACAUUCUGGAAAAGGCAAAACUCAGGAGACAGACGAGUGGGUCCAGGGGGUUCCGAGCGAGGAAGGGAGGGAUGAGUAUGUGGCACUUGGGGGAUUUUUAGGGAGUGAAACUAUCCUAUAGGAUACUCUACUAAUGGAUACAUGUCAUUACACAUGAGUCAAAACCCACAGGAUUGGGGCGCCGGGGGGGCUAAUUUGGUAAAGCAUCUGCCUUCAGCUCAGGUCAUGAUCUUGGGGUCCUGGGAUUGAGUCCCGCAUGGGGCUCCCCACUCAGCCAGGAACCUGUUUCUCCCUCUGCCGCUCCCCCUGCUGUGCUUUCUCUCACAGUGACCCAUGAAGCAAACCACAGACUUUAGUUAAUAACAACAUAUCAAGGGGCCUCCCCCUGGCUCACGCAGUAGAGCAUGUGACUCUUGAUCUUGGGGUCUUGAGUUCGAGAUGGUGAAGAUUUUUUAAAACAAAAAAAAAAG